CCCCACCAGCCUUGUCUCUCAGUACCCCACAAGCCUUGUCUCUCUCAGUACCCCACCAGCCUUGUCUCUCAGUACCCCCACAGUCUUGUCUCUCAGUACCCCACCAGCCUUGUCUCUCAGUACCCCACCAGCCUUGUCUCUCAGUACUCCACCAGCCUUGUCUCUCAGUACCCCACCAGCCUUGUCUCUCAGUACCCCACCAGCCUUGUGUCUCAGUACCCCACCAGCCUUGUCUCUCAGUACCCCACCAGCCUUGUCUCUCAGUACCCCACCAGCCUUGUGUCUCAGUACCCCACCAGCCUUGUCUCUCAGUACCCCACCAGCCUUGUCUCUCAGUACCCCACCAGCCUUGUCUCUCAGUACCCCCCAGCCUUGUCUCUCUCCCUGUCAGCACAAGGCCGCAGCGCAGACAGAAUGAAAACAAGACGGCGCUCUUGGCUAUUGUAAACAAUGGGACCAAAACAAGUGGUGGAACAACAGAGCAGUUAGUUCCCUGUUCUCUGGGCUCUGGGCUCCCAGGCAGCAGCAGUUUAAAGGACCAUUAAAGAGUUGGUUCUCAGGACAGAUUACUCACACAGAGGACAGCAUCCAAGGGACUGACAGACCAGACCAGAGACGCACGUCCAUGUCAGCGAGUGGUGGAGACUAGGGUUUAUGGAGAUUUAUGAGUUCAUUAAGCUUGGGUCCUAACCAAGGUCGUAGCUGAGGUCAGUCACUCCGUCAGGACUGGAAGGAGAUGGAGUGAGCCAGCAUUGUCCUUGCUUACCAGUGUUUGUCUGACCAGUUGUCUGUCUGGCCCUCACAUCUCACUGUAGGAAUUGAAUGGCUAGCCCAUCUGCUUCUCAUCAAGUUCAACUGUGAUGUUUGGGUGUUGUGAUGUUGUAGAGGUACAAGACAAGGAUGUUUUCUCUCUCCCUUGCUCUUUGUUUAGCGUUAAAGGGGAAGCUCACCCAUUUUUACAUCUAGACUUAUUUUCACUCUUUCGGUGAUUGUAGUUGAUCCCCCAAAACCGAUUUUUUUUAAAUAUUUGGUGUCAUUACAGAGAAAAUUGAUAGACACAUUUUGGUGACUUACCACUUUCCAUUGACUGCAGUGCAUUAUGAAAAUGUGUCUAAAGCAUGUUAGAAAAUACUCCAAAACACUCCAAACCAACUCAUAUUACAUUAGAAUCCCGUUCUACUGUCUCAUAAAUCCAUAUUUGCAUAUUUUUGUUGUUGUUGUAAACAGCUACAUUCAAACAUGGAUUUAUGGCACAGCGGAUACAUCAUUCAGAAUGGGAUUCUGAUGUAAUAUGAGUUGUUGUGGAGUGUUUUAGAGUGUUUUCUAAUAUGCUUUAGACAUAUUUGCAUUAAAGUCAAUGGCAAGUGAUGACAAAAUGUUUCUACCUAUUUUCUCUGUAACUAAACAAAAUAUAUAACAAAUACUAAAGCACAGAAUGAGUGAAAAUAAGGCCACAUGUAAAAAUGUGUUAACUUUCCCUGAAUAUCUCUCUUUACUCUAGCCAUCUCUGUCUGUCUUUAUCUCUCCCUCAGCUUCCUGUGUCUUCCUGUCAGCUCUGCCUCAGCUCUGCCUCAGCUCCCUGUGUCUUCCCGUCAGCUCUGCUGCCUCAGCUCCCUGUGUCUUCCUGCCAGCUCUGCUGCCUCAGCUCCCUGUGUCUUCCUGUCAGCUCUGCUGCCUCAGCUCCCUGUGUCUUCCUGCCAGCUCUGCUGCCUCAGCUCCCUGUGUCUUCCUGUCAGCUCUGCUGCCUCAGCUCCCUGUGUCUUCCUGCCAGCUCUGCUGCCUCAGCUCCAUGUGUCUUCCUUUCAGCUCUGCUGCCUCAGCUCCCUGUUUCUUCCUGUCAGCUCUGCUGCCUCAGCUCCCUGUGUCUUCCUGCCAGCUGUGCCUCAGCUCUGCCUCAGCUCCCUGUGUCUUCCUGUCAGCUCUGCUGCCUCAGCUCCCUGUGUCUUCCUGCCAGCUCUGCUGCCUCAGCUCCCUGUGUCUUCCUGUCAGCUCUGCUGCCUCAGCUCCCUGUGUCUUCCUGUCAGCUCUGCUGCUUCAGCUCCCUGUUUCUUCCUGUCAGCUCUGCUGCCUCAGCUCCCUGUGUCUUCCUGCCAGCUCUGCCUCAGCUCUGCCUCAGCUCCCUGUGUCUUCCUGUCAGCUCUGCGGCCUCAGCUCCCUGUGUCUUCCUGCCAGCUCUGCUGCCUCAGCUCCCUGUGUCUUCCUGUCAGCUCUGCUGCCUCAGCUCACUGUGUCUUCCUGCCAGCUCUGCUGCCUCAGCUCCCUGUGUCUUCCUGUCAGCUCUGCUGCCUCAGCUCCCUGUGUCUUCCUGCCAGCUCUGCUGCCUCAGCUCCCUGUGUCUUCCUGUCAGCUCUGCUGCCUCAGCUCCCUGUGUCUUCCUGUCAGCUCUGCUGCCUCAGCUCCCUGUUUCUUCCUGUCAGCUCUGCUGCCUCAGCUCCCUAUGUCUUCCUGCCAGCUCUGCCUCAGCUCUGCCUCAGCUCCCUGUGUCUUCCUGUCAGCUCUGCUGCCUCAGCUCCCUGUGUCUUCCUCUCAGCUCUGCUGCCUCAGCUCCCUGUGUCUUCCUGUUAGCUCUGCUGCCUCAGUUCUGCCUCAGCUCCCUAUGUCUUCCUGCCAGCUCUGCCUCAGCUCUGCCUCAGCUCCCUGUGUCUUCCUGUCAGCUCUGCUGCCUCAGCUCCCUGUGUCUUCCUGUCAGCUCUGCUGCCUCAGCUCCCUGUUUCUUCCUGUCAGCUCUGCUGCCUCAGCUCCCUGUGUCUUCCUGCCAGCUCUGCCUCAGCUCUACCUCAGCUCCCUGUGUCUUCCUGUCAGCUCUGCUGCCUCAGCUCCCUGUGUCUUCCUGCCAGCUCUCUCUGCCUCAGCUCCUGUGUCUUCCUGCCAACUCUGCCUCAGCUCUGCCUCAGCUCCCUGUGUCUUCCUGCCAGCUCUGCCUCAGCUCUGCCUCAGCUCCCUGUGUCUUCCUGUCAGCUCUGCUGCCUCAGUUCCCUGUGUCUUCCUGCCAGCUCUGCCUCAGCUCCCUGUGUCUUCCUGCCAGCUCUGCCUCAGCUCUGCCUCAGCUCCCUGUGUCAUCCUGUCAGCUCUGCCUCAGCUCCCUGUGUCAUCCUUCCAGCUCUGCCUCAGCUCUGACUCAGGGAUUUGA